AAUUUAUUUUUUGUUUUGUUUUUGUUUUUCCUUCUCUAAUGUGUAUUUUUUAGGUGGUGUAGUAAUGAUCGUUGUUAUCCAUUCUUGGAUUUUCUAAUCUAUCAAUCCUUUCCAUUUGAAGUAGUCCUGUAUCUAAAUGGAAUUAGUUGAGAUUGAAGCCCCUUGUAAAAGGAACAGACAUGGUACAUGGGCACAGUUUGCUUCACGUUGUUGCAAGUCUCAUCAUACUUGGGUUGUCUGGGGCAACAAAGAAGGGGACAGAAAAAGCAAACAUCCCAGGAACAGCUCAAUGUGGCACCUGGAUAAAGAAUCCAGAAGGGGGCAUUUUCACUUCACCCAACUACCCCAACAAAUACCCUCCAGAGAAAGAGUGCAUUUACAUCAUUGAAGCUGCACCUAGGCAAUGCAUUGACCUGUUCUUUGCUGAACAAUAUUCCAUUGAGUCUUCAUGGGAAUGUAAAUUUGAUCACAUUGAGGUUCGAGAUGGACCAUUUGGCUUUUCUCCGAUAGUUGGACGCUUCUGUGGUCAACAAACCCCACCAUUUAUCAAAUCCAGUGGCCGAUAUCUUUGGAUAAAGUUUUUUGCAGACGGAGAAUUGGAGGCGAUUGGAUUUUCUGCAACAUACAAUUUCGUACCAGUCUCUCGCAGGGCAGAGAGCAGGACCCUCUUCAGAGCUGAUUUCAGCCUUCUCAGGACAUGA